AUGAUCAAUCCAAGUGAUUAGAAUGCCCUUAUAAAUAAAGGUUAAUCACUACUUAAAUUAAUGUAGGAAAUUCAUUACAUGAUUAGGGAUGCUAUGAGUAAGCUAUAGCUUGCUAUGAUAACGUUUUAUAGAUCAAUCCUCAUGAUUAAGAUGCACUCAAUCUUAAAGGUCAUGAGUUCUAAAUUAUAUUUUUUAUUUAGGCAUAUCAUUACAUGAUUUCAACCGUUAUUCCGAGGCAAUAGAGUGCUUUGAUCAAACUUUGACAAUUGAUCCAAAUGAUUUUGAUGCUUUCAAUCUUAAGGGUAAGUGAGUUCUUAAUUUAUAAUUCUCUAGGUCUAUCAUUACACUAUUUGGAUAUUUAUAAGGAAACAAUUAAAUUUUACGAUUCGGCUUUAAAGCGUAAUCCAAAUCCUAAUUAUAUGAAAAGUAAAGGUAGCAUGCUCUAUAUUUGUUUUAGCUGAUGCAUUAUUUAAAAUUGGAAAAAGGGAAGAAUCUAAGGAAUGGUACAUAAAUGCCAGAAAUGCUGGGUUUGAUAAAGAUAUUAUCGAUAAUAUCAUGAAGGUAUUUAUAUGA